AUGGGAUGCCUAGGAAUCACAGUGGUGCCCUUAGCUCUGGUCAUUCAAGCAAGCAAAGCCCCUCACCAGUACUUGACUUCUGCAGCCUCAGACAACCAGUGGAGCCAUUCGCUGUUUUCCUUGAUACCCUCAUGGCCAAAGAAGAUUUUGUUCAAACGAGAGUCUGAUGUUAACCACCAGCUGCCUGAAGAUGUGUCCAAUAUGUCACUGUCUUCUGAAUUUGGAAUAACCUUUGAGAAAUGUGGUAUGAUUGAUGUUGAGCAUGACCCUCAAACUGCAUACAUUAUGCUGAUGAUUAACAACACCAACACGUUGCUUGCAGCAAACAUUACAGAUCUUAUCCUCCUGGACAACAUCACUGGUCUACAUGUUCAAAAUACCAGUGGGAAUAAGACCAUAGAUGGCAUACAGAUUUACAGGAAAAGAUUCUUGCAAGGUGGAGAACACUUUACAAUCAACUACUCUGCACUUCUUGAUGCAAAAGAAACGUGGGAUGGAAGGGUCUUGUCACUGCCCGCAAAGCUAACUUUCAGGAGUACAUCACAGAAUAAAACACAUCUUGUAUCAUUGACAGCAUCAUUCACCAUAACUGAAGAAGAAAAGACUCAGACCUUGUACCACCAUGCCAUCACUGCUGCAGGGUUCUUCAUCGCGUUUUUCAUCUCCUUUGUAUUGACAUGUGCUGGUUUUUUCAUUGUUUACCGAACCCAAAUCUUAAAAUGGAGUUUCUGUAGUAAAAACCAGGAGAUGCAGCAUGAACUCAGCCAAAACCACAAAGCAGAGCAUUCUCAGUUUAAUUCAGGUGAUCUCUUUAGUGAAGAUAUAAUCAUGAACGACCAAGUCAUUGAUAUUCUGUUCUUCGAAGAACCUGGGAACAUGCUCCAGGCUUUAGAAGACUUGGAGGUUGCCAGCCUGACACGGGCAGAUGUUGAUCUGGAGACAUAUCGAACACAGAUAUGUAAGGAAGUGAUUGCUAUGAUGCUGAAGAACAUGGUCUUAAGUCACACUCUCUUUCCUCAUGUGGAGAAGAGGAUAAGUUCAAUUUUCAAAAAGAGGUUUCUUGUCAUGGAGAAGGAGAUUCAAGAGGAGUAUGAGAGGAAGAUGGUAGCUUUAACAGCUGAAUGUGAUCUGGAAACAAGGAAGGAAAUGGAGACUCACUGCCAAAAAGCAAGAGCUGCAAAUGAAGAGGCUGAGGAAUUAAUGAAGAAGAUUAAUGAAAAGCCUGCUGUGGAAUACAGGAGUCUUCUGGAUAGACUUCACAGACUGGAGCAGGAGCACCUGAAGAGAUUUCUUCUGGUAAAGCAGGAGGAAUAUUUUGCAAAGGCUCAUAGACAGCUGGCUGUUAUCCAGAGAAAGGAGCUCCACAGUAUCUUUUUUACACAGAUAGCAAACUGUGCUUUAAAGGGAGAACUGAAGUUGGAAGCAGCUAAAACAUUAGUGGAAGGUUACUCUAAAAUACAGGGUGACAUUGAAGAGCUAAUGGAUUUUUUGCAAGCUAGCAAGAAGUAUCAUCUGAAUAGAAGAUUUUCUUACAGAAAGUAUCUUAUUAGUAAGAUACAGUUAAGGGAUUCUCAAGUCUCUGCUCUUAUAAAUGCAGCAGCAGCCCAGAUACCAAGUCUCAUUAAUAAGAUGGAAAGAGCAGGUCAUCUCCCUGAAAGUCAUUUGGGAAUGCUGCUGGACCGCGCUGAGGCUGAAAUUAAUUUUGUUAAACAGAAAUUUGAUCAGGAUUUGAAACAAGAAAAGCAAAAGCUUCACCAGAAACUCAUUACCAAGCGAAGGCAGGAAAUGCUGCAAAAGAAAGAGCAUCAGAAGGAGCAGCUUUCACUUGGGGAUCCCUUCAAAACUACUAAGGAGAUCACUCACUACCUGAGCCACUGGAAAAAUCUUCUGAGUGAUCACACUGUUGAAUUUGAAGAGCUUACUGAAAAGCUUGACAAUGAGGCCAGUGAAGAGCUGAAAGAGCUUCUCUUUAGCCUAACAGAGAAAGCCAUUGAAGACCUUAAACGUGUUCAGUGUGGAGUGUUUGUGCAAGAACUGGUCAAGCUCAAUGUGCCAAAGUUGUUCCUGCUAGAAGCUGUGGAGGAGCAUAAAAAAGAGAUGGUUGUCAAACAUGAACAGCUUGAAAGGGAAGAGCAUGACAAGAGCAUGGCUGCUGAAGAGCUGCUUCAGCUCACCAGGCAGAAGCUAAGCCAAGAACUGGAAACAAACAUUUUGGAACAAAAGAAAUUAAGGAGCUGGGAGCAAUCAGUAUUCACGCAACUUCGUAAUUUACCCCUCUCACUGUCAGAAGAGGAAUUGCUGAGAAUGAGGCAAGAGUUGCACUGCUGCUUCUCUCAGGUGGACAGCAGCUUGGCUUGGCCCAAGAUAAGAGCAAGAACCUUGCUUCAGGCUUCUGAGGUGGAGCAGAGGGAUACGGAGAUGCUGAAAAUCGAUCAGAAUUUAGCAGUCACCAAUAAACAGCAGCAUUCUAAAAUGGGAAAAACAGGAUCCAGGAAUAGAAAUAAGAUAGAUAUUCUGAAGAAAUCUUUACAGGACAAAAUUUCAAUUUAUGAAAACUCAGUGAAGGAUGAAAAUUUGAAUAAGAUUAAGGACAAGUUGCUGCAUGAAAAAGAGAGUCACCUGCACGACCUGGAAAGUAAACUUGGAGAGUAUAUCACUUCCUUAGCCUUUCAAAAGACUGUUAAAAAGUCCAAAAUGCUGGAGCUGUAUACUGCUGUCAUAAAUGUGCAAGCUUUGCUCUUUGAACAACUGAGCGCAUCAAAAACCCUGUCAAAACUGGAAUGCAUUCAGAUUUUAGAAGCACAUAAUCCUGUGAUUGAAGAGCUUGACAGGAAGCUGGAGUAUGAGAUGUUGCAUAAGGAGUCAGCACAGCAGCAUCUAAUGAGUAGGCAGAGGUGGAUUCUGGAUGGUUUGGGACUUUCCAGUGAAGCUGCAGAAACGAAUGCAGAAAGACAUGUGACAAUUCUGCUAAGACAGGCCAUGAAUAAAUGUAGGCAAUUUAUAAAUCUGUACCAGCAAAACUUGAGAGAUGAGCAGUGGAAUUGCGUGGUGCUUGAAGAUCUCCUGGAAAAUGUAGAAAUGGAUGUGUUUUUGGCAAUUUAUAGUCAGGAGCUCCGUCUGGCAGGUUAUUUAGCUAAACUGACGAGGGUGCCAAUGGGGAUGCUGCACAGGGUCCUGAACUUGUUGCUGCCCUUCAGCUCACAAAGUGAGGUUCUUUCUGUCCUCGAUUCCAUCAGUAAAUAUUCAGAUGGUGUUGCUGAAAGUGACAGUAAUGCAGAAGAAUCUGGCAGCUGUAAGAAAAGGAAGAACCAAGAGUUGUGGCAAGCACUGGAGAACAAAGUAAGGCAAGAUCUGAUAAACAGAAGUUUAGAAAAGAUCCCUUCUCUAAGCAAGAGAAAAGACAGCUUGAUAAAGAAGAAGCAGCGUGCCCUUUUGGAAAAAGCAUCAUUCAUUCAUCUUGGAUGUUCACCUACACAUCACCCUGUGGAACAGUCUGAUCCAGCUGCUUCUUUGAACACUGCAGCUGCUGAAGCCAUAGAGCUAUUCAACACAGGGGAGAAGAUACUUUUGUUCCGUGAGCCAAGUGAUCCAAUACUUACUUUGCAUAAAUCUCCAAGGAAAAAGAAAAAGAACUUUCUUAAUUCUAAAAAGGCUGCUCGUGCAAACAUGGACUCAUGA